AUGUUUGCCCCAGCUCAGUCUCAAUGCAUAAUGGGAGGCUUCACAAUUAGGAGUAUAAAAUCAUUACCUUACAGGCGCUCAAUGUUCUUAUCUACCAUUCGAAUAGAUAUUGUUCGUGGUAUGAAAGUUAACGCAACUAAUAGGAAUUCUCACAUGAACACAUCGCCGAUUGAGUUCACGUCAAAUAUUUCACAGGAGCGUCAUGAAACCAUCACUGAAAGGGCAACAAAAAGUCUCAGUUGUACAAAUGAUACUAGUAGCAGUACAAAGGAAAACGCAAAUAUACCUUUCGCCAUUAAGCCGGUACCUACUGCAACCAGAAAAGCUCAAAGGGAUGCAAGACGUUCGUCAAAAGAAGUCGAUAUAAUAAAAACAUACCUUAAUCCGUAUCUUCAAUUGAGUAAGCCAAGGUUAACAAUACUAGUUAUGCUGAGCGCCAUAUGCUCUUACGCGAUCUCACCAUAUGCUGCAUCCGUUGGACAACUAUUAAGUUUAACGGUGGGCACUACGUUAUGUUCGGCUUCAGCUAACGCGAUUAAUAUGGGAAGAGAGCCUGAGUUCGAUCGGCAAAUGAUUCGUACACAAGCCAGGCCUGUGGUUCGUGGCUUAGUAACACCUUUUCAAGCAUAUAGGUUUGCUGCUCUAAUGGGUACAAUGGGUACCUCAAUCCUUUAUUUUGGGGUAAACCCAACAGUUUCAUUACUUGGUUUAUCAAAUAUUGCGUUGUAUGGAUGGUUAUAUACGUCUCUGAAAAGAAAACACAUCAUAAAUACGUGGGUUGGUGCAGUUGUCGGUGCUAUUCCACCAUUGAUGGGAUGGGCUGCAGCGAGCCCUUUAACCCAUCCUGGUGCAUGGUGUGUGGCCGGCUUACUAUAUGCAUGGCAGUUUCCACAUUUCAAUACUUUAAGCCAUAACAUUAGAAGCGAAUAUAAAAAUGCUGGCUAUGUUAUGACUGCAUGGAAAAAUCCAUUGCUGAAUGCUCGAGUUGCCCUGCGGUAUUCCUUACUUAUGUUCCCCAUAUGCCUCGCAUUCUCCUAUUUUAACAUCACUGAUUGGUACUAUCAAAUUGAUUCAGGUAUUAUCAAUGCAUGGAUGUCAUUUUGGGCAUUCAAAUUUUAUUGGCAACAGAAGAAAAAUAAUACAAAAGAUAUUUUAAAUGAUACGACGAGGCUAAAUAAAGGGUUAGCAAUUGCUAACGUUUACGCAAGAAAAACUUUCCUGAUCAGUGUAUUACAUUUACCAGCAGUGUUAAUUUUAGCCAUUCUUCAUAAAAAAGGCCGUUGGGAUUGGUUAUUUGACGGGGACGAUGAUAAAAAAGUCACAAAAGUAUGA